AUGCUCCUCAACGCCAAGACAGCCAUUUCCACGUCCACGGUGCUUUUGGUUCCAUACUCCAAAUGGCACGUUCCAAGAUACCACGAAUGGAUGAAAGAUGAGGAAAUCCAGGAAGCAACCGCAUCCGAACCCCUCUCUAUAGAGGAAGAAUACGCCAUGCAACAAAGCUGGCGCCAAGACCCAGACAAGUUGACAUUCAUUGUCUGUCUCCCAUCAUCAUCACAAGGGGAAACCUCAACACCCACCAUUAAAGACACAGACGACGCCCCGGACCGAAUGGUCGGGGACAUCAACCUCUUCCUGCGUGUCGACGACGGCGAAGAAGGCGACGCGGAGCCCCAAAUCAUCGGGGAAAUUGAACUAAUGAUAGCCGAGAAGAAUAACCAGCGCAAGGGCUUUGGGAAAGCCGCGCUUAACACCUUCCUACGGUAUAUCGUUGACCAUGAAGCGGAGAUCUUGGAAGAGUUUGUCAGCAGGGAUGAGACUGCCGCGAAGGCAAUGAAGGGGGUUGAGGCGGUGCCUAAAUUUGCCUGUUUGAGUGUGAAGAUUGGUCAGGCUAAUGAGCGGAGUUUGGCGCUGUUUGAGGGUGCUAUGUUCAAGAAGGUUACUGAGGAGCCGAAUUAUUUUGGGGAGUUUGAGUUGAGGAGGGAGAGGGAGGCGCUGGGUCGGGAUAUGGUUGAUGUGAGUCUGGAGAGGGCUGGGGUGUCGGGGUAUGUUGAGGUGGGCUAUGACAGGGUCGAGUGA